AUGCGGUGCGCACAGAUGGAGGUGGCAGGCGCAGGUGGAGCGGACCGCGCGCUCUGCUGCCUGUGCGCGCGGGGAGAGGAGGGCGCGAACCCGGGACUGGAGCCUCACCCCCUCCUCACCCCGUCCUCACCCCUCCUGCUAUUGAAAAGAUUUCUCUCUCCUUGUGACCAGAGCGUCAGGAUGAGGCACCUGUACGACACCAGGAAGACCAGUUUGGAGCUUACUCGCUGCUGCCCUCACACCGUCCACACAACCGCAGCCACAACAGUCCACCGUAACCAUGGAGACGACAAACUCAUUCUGGCAGGGCUGGGUGUACUCCUGGGGUCCCGCAAGUCCAAGUUCUAA